GUACUCUGCCGGGCAAGCGGUUGGGAGUUGAGGCCGCCACAUUGCCGUCAUCUCUCACUCUAUCGAGAAAAAAACCACUCCCUCUCUCUCUCUCUCUCUCUCUCCCUCUGUGGCAGUCUCAUGGCUGCCAACUUUACUCUCCUGCAAGUGCCAUCCAUCUCAGCUCAGUCCCUUCAAACCAAGCUCAACAUAAACAGAUUGAACCUCCCAUCAUCCUCAUCUUCUUACUCUCCCAAGCAGAGCGCAGCCGCUGCGUCUCGGUGGUCCCUCGUUACCUGCUUAUCCUCAAGUGGGCGCGAGCCUAAUCCGGUGGAAGAUGGGGUUAAGAGCGAUGAACGGCGUCUCGAGGAGAAACGGCGGGCAGAGUUGUCCGCUCGGAUUGCUUCCGGAGAAUUUACGGUGCGGAAAUCUGGUUUUCAAUCUCUGUUGAGGGAUGGCUUGUUAAAAUUGGGUGUUCCUGCGAAGAGUGUGGAAUUUUUGUUGAAAUGGAUUGACGCCCCAGAACAGUAUCCAAGGAUUCCGGAGGCAAAAGGAAUAAUUAGUGCCAUUCGGAGCGAGGCCUUUUUCAUUCCACUUUAUGAGCUUUUCCUCACUUAUGGUGGAAUUUUUAGACUAACAUUUGGUCCAAAGUCCUUCUUGAUAGUCUCAGAUCCUUCCAUCGCUAAGCACAUACUGAGGGACAAUUCAAAAGCUUACUCAAAGGGUAUUUUGGCAGAAAUUCUAGAAUUUGUCAUGGGUAAGGGACUCAUCCCAGCUGACGGGGAUAUAUGGCGUGUGCGACGGCGUGCAAUCGUUCCAGCAUUGCAUCGGAAGUAUGUAGCAGCUAUGAUCAACCUGUUUGGAAAAGCUACUUUUAGGCUUUGUAAUAAGCUAGAUGCCGCUGCAUCUGAUGGUGAAGAUGUUGAGAUGGAAUCACUUUUCUCCAAUUUGACCUUGGAUAUUAUUGGCAAGGCAGUAUUUAAUUAUGAUUUUGAUUCAUUAACAAAUGACACUGGAAUAGUUGAGGCUGUUUAUACAGUCUUGCGAGAAGCCGAAGAUCGAAGUGUUGCACCAAUUCCAUUCUGGGAGAUUCCUAUAUGGAAGGACAUUUCACCAAGGCAAAGAAAGGUUACUGCAGCUCUCAAGCUGAUCAAUAGUAUACUUGAUAAUCUGAUUGCAAUAUGUAAGAGGAUGGUAGAAGAAGAAGAACUACAGUUUCACGAGGAAUACAUGAAUGAAGAGGAUCCUAGCAUUCUUCACUUUCUUUUGGCAUCAGGGGAUGAUGUUUCAAGCAAGCAACUUCGAGAUGACUUAAUGACAAUGCUUAUAGCUGGACAUGAAACAUCUGCUGCUGUUUUAACGUGGACUUUCUAUCUUCUUUCCAAGGAACCUAGUGUCAUGUCCAAACUUCAAGAUGAGGUUGAUAGUGUUCUAGGGGACCGGUUUCCAACAUUAGAAGACAUGAAGAAGCUUAGAUAUACUGCUCGAGUUAUCAAUGAAUCCUUGAGGCUCUACCCGCAGCCACCUGUUUUGAUUCGCCGUUCUCUUGAGAAUGAUACACUUGGAAAGUAUCCUAUAAAAAGGGGUGAAGAUAUCUUUAUUUCUGUUUGGAACCUGCAUCGCUGCCCAAAUCACUGGGAUGACGCAGAUAAGUUUAACCCGGAAAGAUGGCCUUUAGAUGGUCCCAACCCUAAUGAAACCAACCAAAAUUUCAGUUACCUGCCCUUUGGUGGAGGACCAAGGAAAUGUGUGGGGGACAUGUUUGCUUCAUUUGAGACUGCAGUAGCACUUGCAAUGCUUGUUCGUCGAUUUGACUUCCAAAUGGCAGUUGGAGCACCUCCAGUUGUGAUGACUACAGGAGCAACAAUUCACACAACUGAAGGGUUGAAGAUGACAGUUACGCGAAGGACAAUCCCUCCCAUAAUUCCCAGAUUAGAGAUGCCGAUAAAGGCAGAUGCCUCGGUUAGUGUUGAAGAGAAUCUGCUACUUGUUCAGAAAAGUGAAGAUUCUGAAGUUUCUUCUGCUCAUUCCUAGCACUCGUUGCCUUGCCCCAUUCCGGAAACGCCAUCAGGUUUGCCUAUAUUGGGAAGUAUAUAAACAAUCACUGUGGGAUAUCUAUUCCUGAAUAUGAUAGCCUUCCUCAAUUUGUAGAUUAUGCUGUCAGGUGAUCCAGUUGUAAAAAACAUGAUUUUAUUUAGCAAUGAAAGAAAUUAUUGCCAA